AUGUAUGAUACACUCUCUCUGAGCACUUGCUUCGAUUCUCUCCAAGACACCAACGGCGACGAUCAAGCACGCGCUUGGAUCCGAAAAGCCCUCGAUGCCAAGAUCGACCUAGCAAGAUUUGUUGCCGACCGUCGAGGAAAGGGUCGAGCCACCGAGGUCGUCGGCUACCUCAAGGGCGCCUUCAACAUGGGCUUCCGAAUCAGGUUUGAGGAUGACGGGCCCGACGCCGUCAUCCGUUUCCCAAAGCCCGGUCACAUCUCGACGGUGUUCUUGGAGGAGAAGCUUGUCAAUGAAGUACGUGCCAUCGAGUUCAUACACCACAACACAACAAUCCCGGUUCCGUUUGUGCACGCUUGGGGCUUGACCCACGAGAGUCCGCGGCAGCUCGGCCCCUUUAUCAUUAUGGACUUUGUUGAGGGCACCUUGGCCUCGAGAGUUCUCCAAAAGCCCACCGACGAUGACCAGCAAGAACUGAUCUUGAACCCGGACCUGGACAGUUCCCUGCUAGACAGGUUCUACCAGCAACGUAUUGGCGUUAUUUCGAAACAGCCUGGAGAGCCUGGGGCCGGGGAGGAUGUGUGGUCCUCUUCCAAGAGACCUCUGACGUACAACAUGAACGAACUGGCCACGUCCGCAGGCUACCCAGCAGAUAGCUUUCCGACCACAAGCUUCGCCCGCGCCAGCAACUUCUUCAAGAGAAUGUCUCACGAGCACCUGGUCCACCUGCGCACCCAGCGGAAUCUUGCUUUCACCCCCGAGAUUGCCCGCGCCCGCUACAUUGCCCGCCACCGGUACCUCCAGCUCGUCGACUCUUACUGCAGCGCCGAAGACGACGCAGGCCCCUUAACCCCGUUCUGCGACGACUUCCGGCCGGCCAAUAUGCCUGUUGACCCCGACACCAUGCAGAUCACGGCCGUGCUCGACUGGGAGUUCACCAACGCCAUGCCCGCCCAGUUCUCGAACGAUCCGCCCUGGUGGCUGCUGCUGGCCGACCCGGGCAGCUUGGUGGACCGCGACGCCGUGCAGGAGUUCCGUGACCUAUACGAACCCCGGAUGGAACAGUUCCUCCGGAUGCUCGAGACGGUCGAGGCCAAAGAAGGCCGGGACGCCCGCGGAGACGGGGACGGAGACGACCGGCCACCUCUCUCGGCCCGGAUGCGCGCCUCGUGGGCGACGGGCCGGUUCUGGUUCAAUUUCGCAUCCCGGAAAAGCUACGACGUUGACAACAUCUAUUGGAAAGUACUGCACGAAGGGGGUGACGCGGCCGCGCUGCUCAAGCCGGAGGUGCGCGCCGGGAUGGACGCCGCUGUAGAGAAGGAGAUGGCACAGUUAAAGGAAUACAGGGAGGAAUGCGCACCGCGUUUCCCCAAUGAGAAGGCUGAUGACAACAAGUAG